GAACCAUAUAAUAAUUAAUUGUUUUAUUCCGAAGACGGAGCAAAGAACUUGGUUACCUUCAUUUAAGAAUUGCAGAGAGGCCUCCUGGGAUAAGAUCAUAGAAGACAUUACUGUUCCAGAUGAAAGGUCUAUUCUAUUAUUUUCACAUGAAAAUCAAAUAUAAUUGAUCUACUCUGAUGAUUUUACUAAUUAUCAUACUUUGAUGAUUGGUGCCCAAGGGUACUAUUAAACCUCAAAAUAUCUUUUUGUUCUGACCUCUUCCAGUAAUGGAGGAUAUGAAUUGCAUUAUGGUCAUUCAAAACUUGAAGAAUUCUAAGAGAAAUUGGUGGAGUUACCAUUAUAAAUUUUAAAAGAAUAUUCCUAUACUGUCUUAGACACUGAAAACGGCAGAAUAUACUUAUCUGUCUCCCAUUAUCAAUAAGAGCAAUCAGUAACUAAUGUGUAUAUCAGUAAUCAAAUUGGACAAGAUUUUUAAAUUGUCUUAACUAAUAAUGUUAGAUCAACCUAAGAUGGAAAUUGUGAUUUUGAAAAACUAUUGGGAUUAACCUCAACUUAUGUAGCUAAUACAUAUGAUUAAAGAGAUUAGAUGGAUAAAUCAACAGUGAUAAGUUUUAAUGGAGGAAAGAAAUGGGAAUCCAUUAAGGCUCCAAAAUAUGACUCAGAGGAGGGAAUAUCAUAGAAUGUGGAGGAGAAUGCUCUUUGCACUUUAUAGACCAUUUAUACAGUAGAUCAAGCACCUGGCAUUGUCUUGGGUGUUGGAAAUGUUGGAUUAAUUAUAUCAUCAGAAUAAAAUACUUACAUGUCAGCAGACGGAGGAUAGAAUUGGAUUGAAGUUAGGAAAGGAUCUCAUGUCUUUGAAAUAGCUGAUUUCGGAGGAGUCAUUGUUAUGGCCAAAGAUUAUGAACCCACUAAUGAAAUUAUAUAUUCCAUUGAUUAUGGAAAAACGUGGAAAACAAAAGUUAUUUAUGACGAUCUAUUCAUGGCAUAAAAUUUAGUUACUGAAGCAUCUGGAACUGUUAAAUAUUUCCUGAUCUAUGGUAAAACUGAUAAAGGAGAAGGCAUUAUUUUAAAAUUAGACUUUAGCGAUAUCUUUUCAAGAGAAUGUAAAUCAAAUAUAGAUUAUGACAUCUGGAAUUCUAAAUGCAUUGAUGGGUCUUAAACGAAGUACUAUAGGAAAAAAGAAAACUCAGAGUGUUUUAAUCCUAAAUAGAUGAUAACCAAAAGAAUAAUUGAACCUUGUCCAUGUAAAAGAGAAGACUGGAUAUGUGCCCAAGGUUAUAUUAAUAAAUUAGAGGGAGGUGAUUGCUUGCCUAUUGUUAAUAUUUCUGACUAUUGUGAACCUGGAAAAACAUUUUUCAAAACUUAAGGAUAUAUCAAAUUAACUCAAUGUGUAGGAGGUUUAGAUUUAGGACCAAUAGAAACAUAAUGUCCAACAUCCUUGAAUUUGAAUGACAUCAUUUCAUAUUUAAUAAUACUUGCUUUGCUGGCUGUAAUGAUUCUAAUAGGCUACGCGAUAUUAAGAAGAGUAUAAACAUAAGGGGAGAAAAGUUAAAAUCCGAACGUUAACAAAUAUAAUCAAAUGGAGUUUUAAGAAGAUGAAGAUGACGAAGAUUAAUAAUUAUGA